CAGCGGGGAGGCGGAGUUUUGCUGUAACAUUUUAGGUGUUCCACUGACAGUCUGUCACUACACAAAUAAAGUGUUGUUGACAGACGCCUUUUUCACCAUCGUCGUGCUUCCUUCGUUUACCUGCAGAUGUGCUUCAAUAGCGGCGUGCUCGGACAAUUUUACUGUCAAAGAAGCAGUCGGACAAGGAUAGGAUACUGACAUAUGAGGCUGAUGUAUUUUGCUGGCGAGGAGACUUCAGUCCUCAGGAGAUAUAUAGCACCUCCACUCAGCCUCCAAAGAAGUCCCUUCACCCUGCAUCCAGGGGCAUGCCUCCUGAACGCAGCCUCAGCAGGGAGAUGCUGACAGGACAGAGACUCUGCCAAUCCAAAUCACAUCAGGACUCAGUCCUGUCUGCCCUCAACCAGCAGAGAAAAGAUGGUCUUCUAUGUGACGUCACUUUGGUGGCCGGGGAUCAAAAGUUCCAUGCUCACAAAGCCAUCCUGGCAGCAUGCAGUGAUUACUUCCGGGCUAUGUUCAGCUUGUGCAUGGUGGAGAGUGUGGCUGAUGAAGUGACUCUGCAAGGAGUGACCAGUGUUGGACUGAAACACGCCUUGGACUUUGCCUACACCGGACAGAUUGUGCUGGAGCCAGCGGUGAUCCAGGAUGUGUUGUCUGCUGGCAGCCACCUUCAGCUGCUGGAGCUCCUAAGCAUCUGCUCCCACUACCUCAUCCAGGAAUUGAGCAGCGUCAACUACUUGGAGUUGUACCGUGUGGCCGACCUCUUCCACCUUCCUUCUUUGGAGGAGGCUGUGGUGGACUUUUUGGUGGGUCACCUGUCUGAGCUGAGCCAGACAAGGCAGGAGGAGGCCCUGCAGCUGCCGUUCCACCUUCUCAAGGAGGUCCUCAAGAGUGACCGUCUCACCUCGCUGAGUGAAGAAGAGAUAUGGAAGUUUGUCGUCAUGUGGUUGGAACAUGAUUGUCGCUACCAGUACACCGCGGAUCUUCUGCAACAUGUCCGCUAUGGCCUGAUGGACGUCUCAACCUUGCACCACCUAGCCUGUAGCCAUCCCCUGGUGCAGUCCAGUUCCACUGUUGCUGCUUUGGUAGAUGAAGCCCUGGACUAUCAUCACAGCACGUUUUCACAGCCCCUUCACCAGUCAGCUCGCACCAGGCCUCGCUUCCAAUCCCUCACUCUCUAUAUAGCCGGAGGGAGAAAACGUGAGGUGUGCAGAGUCCGAGAGCUGCGUUAUUUCAAUCCGGCUGCACAAGAGCACGUGCGCGUGGCGGGAGCCUCCAAUUGGAGCGAGUUGGCACCAAUGCCCACCGGGCGCAGCCACCAUUGUGUGUCUGUAAUGGGAAACUUCCUCUUUGUUGUGGGCGGCGAGAUGGAGCACACCAGUGGGAGGACGUGUGCAGUUAGGACUGCUUGUCGAUAUGACCCGAGGGCAAACCGUUGGACUGAGAUUGCCUCCAUGAAGGCCUGCAGAGAACAUUUUGUACUGGGAGCUUUGGGUCAGUACCUGUAUGCAGUGGGUGGCAGGAACGAGCUGAGGCAGGUGCUUCCUUCAGUAGAGCGCUACUGUCCCAAGAAGAAUAAGUGGAUGUAUGUGCAACCCUUUGACCGAUCGCUUUCAUGCCACGCAGGCUGUGUGGCUGAAAACCUGCUCUGGGUCUCAGGUGGGGUGACAAACACAGCUCAAUACCAGAAUCGCCUGAUGGUAUACGAGCCAGAACAGGACCAGUGGUUAGCACGCAGUCCAAUGUUGCAGAGGCGCGUCUACCACGUGAUGGCAGCGGUGAGAAGGAAGCUUUACGUGCUCGGAGGGAAUGACCUGGACUACAAUAACGACCGGGUUCUGGUUCGCCACAUCGACUCAUACAGCCUGGAUGUGGACCAGUGGACGCGCUGCUCCUUCAGCCUCCUAACAGGUCAGAAUGAGUCUGGAGUGGCGGUCCAUGAUGAUAGGAUCUAUGUGGUUGGAGGGUACUCCAUUUGGACCAAUGAGCCUCUGGCAUGUAUUCAGGUGCUUGAUCUGAGUCGAGAGGGAAAAGAGGAGGUUUUCUACGGGCCAACGUUGCCAUUCGCCUCAAAUGGAAUAGCAACUUGUUUCUUACCUGCUCCAUAUUUCACAUGCCCCAACCUUCAGACACUCCAAGUACCCCAUCACAGGAUUGCUGGAAGCUACGCAGAAAAUGAGGGAUUAGUCUGCCUGAUCAUUGAGCAGCAAUAGAUAAGUGAACACCAAAUUGAAGUAAUGCAUGAACUCUAAAAACACCACUGAGAGUGAAGUGUGAAGUACUUCAGCAGAAUCUCCCUGAUGUGCGAUGAAAAGAAAAGCAGUGAAGUGAAGCUGGAAAAUGACCCCCCCAAAAAAAGAGAUUUGCUGAUUGUGGCAGACAGGAUCAUGCCUUUGUGAUUAGGAGCAAACUUAAGUCACACUGCAAGACAUUUCUAUGGCUUGCAAUGGGACAUACUGUGAAAUAUUAUGCCUUUUAUAAUAUGCCUUUUACACACUGUAUUUCUUCCUAAUAAGGAUCACUAAGCUUGCCUACAUCCAUCUUUGUAUGUGGAAUUUAGAAUUCCAAUCUACAAAACCUAUCCAGCAUCUAACUGUGUUCAUUUCAUGUAUCAAAGUACAAAUCAUCUGAAAUUUAAAAUACUAAUUUAAUUGCAUAUGAUAUCCAGCAUCUAACUGUGUUCAUUUCAUGUAUCAAAGUACAAAUCAUCUGAAAUUUAAAAUACUAAUUUAAUUGCACACCUUCUUUACAAUAUAUACAAUCUGGUCAAACGCAUACAUUGCAUGACUAUAGUACAUGUACAUUCAAUAGGCAUUAACAAACAGUAUCAAUCCUCUAGUUUAGGACCACACUGCAGAUUUAAUUGUUUAAAGUUUGUCUCACAUAAUCAAUGACAAGUUUUUCUUGUAUAACAGCUGAAGUACUGAAUAACAAUUUUGCAAGUGCAAUUUUGUAAUGCUACUAUGGGGACCUGGGUGCGGAAAAAAACAUCAAUUAAAGUCAAUACAAACUUUU